AUGACGUCGGGUGGUUCAGAUAGCCUCAAGCACCCCAUUUUGAACGCCACUCCCUGGGAUGUUGUGCUGCGCCUGGAUGAGCUGGCAGUGAGCUGCACCGUGGAGCGCACCGCAAGCCGCCCAAGCAUUGCACACAUUGCCAACCAGCUGCAGGCUGUCAAGGAGGAGGUGGCGGGGAAAGAGGAAUCUGGAGCUGCCAUCAAGGUGGAUGCGCAAGUCCAGGAGAUGAAGGAUGUUGUUGCGGGGACUGCCGUGCUGUUUGUGACAGUUAACUAG